UCUUUUGUAUUGUGCAGCCCAGCCCAAUUGAUGGACGUACGAAAUUGCAAGGAGAGAAAACAAACCUUGGCACUGGAUUAACUUGUAAAGUGGAAUAUAAGUUUUAGAAUUGAAGUUGGUCCAUAUUUGUUAAUCACUCUCAACUGAAGUGUUGAGGUUUGUAACAGUUUCUGGACCUGAGAUCAGUGGUCGUUACGCAGUUUGCACCAUGGCAAACUCGUGCCUUCAACUGAGCGGCUUCCUCAUUAGCUUCCUUGGCUGGCUGGGCAUCGUGAUCGCGAUAUCCACCAAUGACUGGGUGAUUAUGUGCAAAUACAGCUUGAACACAUGCAAGAAGACGGAUGAGCUUGAAACCAAAGGACCCUGGGCGGAAUGUGUCAUCUCCACAGGCCUCUACCACUGUUUCUCCCGAUCGCAGAUCCUGGAUCUCCCAGCCUACAUCCAGACAACUCGUGCCCUGAUGAUCGCAGGUUCCAUCCUCGGUCUCCCGGCAGUGGCGAUGAUUCUCAUGUCCAUGCCCUGCAUCAACUUUGGCAAUGAACCCCAAGGCCCCAAGAACAAACGCACUGUCUUGGGAGGAGUGCUCAUUCUCGUAGUCGCACUGUGCGGCAUGGUGUCUACAGUCUGGUUUCCCAUCGGCGCCUACCAGGAGCACGGCCUCAUGUCGUUCGGCUUCUCCCUCUACACUGGAUGGUUUGGCAGCAUCUUCUGCCUGCUGGGCGGGUGCAUUCUCACCUGCUGCUCCUCAGAGUCCUCCUCGUCCCGCUCCUACCAGGACAACAAUCGAUACUACUACUCCAAACAGGGGGGUGGGAACCCGCCAGCAGCCCCCUCCACCAAUCACGCCAAGAGCGCCCACGUCUAAGCUUCUGGAGCAGACGUGUGCGGAACUGUAACCAGUACAUGAGGACAUACACACUACCACUCACAUCCAAUCCCAUUUACAUGCAAAGCUAUACUGGAAGACAGGGAGGAACAUAAACACAUUCAUUCAGCUUCAAGAAAAAUACACAAGUCCUUGAACGAGCACCCAAACACACCGAAAGAGACUUUCACAUCCAAAUAAACAAAGACUGUUGAGGGCGGUUUUUUUGCCGCCCGUGGAUUGUUUUGAAUCACAGAGCUGAGUUGUGCUUAGUGGGAACUUGCUGUUACGUAUUUGUGCACGGUUCUAAGUACCUGGCUGCAAAAGCAUCCUGAGGUCACAAUCACCUGAGGCCUUGUGGACUGAUUUUUUAUAUAACUUCUAUUUUUCUAUUUAGAUCCACCGUGUCUUAGAGCAGGGUGUGACAUUAAUAUGUUUUGAAUUAUGUUCAUUAACAUUGUUUAUGUACAUUGGUUUUUACUUACUACAGUAUUGUUUAACUGGAACAUUUGCUUCUUGAGUGAUGGACUCAAUUAAAAAAUGCAGCAUUGUUUUUCCAGCCACUGCCGGAUAACGUGAACAUAAAUUUCAAUAGGGAGCUUUAAUCAGCAGUGUUAUGGCCUGAAUUCAAGAGGCAAUGACUUGGCAAUGAUUUUAUCUUGUGUUUCUCACUCAUCCAAUAGUAACAUUUCGUACUACAAACAUCUUUUAUGCUACUAACUUUAUGCGGCUUUUCCUUAAUAAUACAUUUCCUUCAAACAUCUUAGUCUCAGUUCCUCACAUGCAUCAAGUAUGUAGCUAAAGUUUCUACAAGCUCGCAUAGAAAAAAUAUUAUUUAGUUUACUUUCACCUUACAGUAAUGCGAUGACUUGAAUGUUUAAUAUCUCAAAAGAUCUCUGAACACCAAUGAAAAUUUCCAACUCGGAUCUCUGCAGAGGCAAUAUUAGCUGGUUAUUUAUUGUUUUACUGAUGUGCGGUUGUUUGAUUUCCUGUAAUAAAGACCAAAUAAGGAAAAGUGCUUUUGUCUCAAGUCAAUACAACUUUCCCACUUUCUUUUAUUCCAUCUGGAAGGAAGGCUUAAGACGGUUGAAGGAUACAAUCAUCUACGCCCAGAAUAAGUUGAUUGUCACAUUGUUUCUGAUAUAAAUAUCGUAAUGUGAAUGUGGGAAAUGUUUCUAUGUUUGUGUUAAUAUAACCUGAGAACAGUGAGAAAACACGAAUUGUUUUUAAUGCGUCAUAUCUGUAAUUGGACACGGUGACCUUGACUUAGUUCGGCACACAGCAUCCUGUCUGAAACACACACAAUAUGCAACAAAGAAGUAUAAUUGUGUCCAGUGUGUGUCUGUCUGUGUGCUCCUCCUCUCCUCACAAGGUCACAAAGCCCUACAUGAGACUUUGGAAACAGCAGAUGCCAUCUCAUUGUUCUCAGCUUAUCUUCAAACACACAGCGAUAUGUCCUUGUUUUGACACAUCAUUCUGUCAUUCUGUGUGUUUCCUCACACAUCUGUGUGUGCUGCAACUGUGUGAGAUCAUUCUGUGAAAUGUGAUUGCAGGCCAAAGCUGUCCAGUUCACAGGUGGCCAGCGGGAGAAAAGCAAACAAGCGAGCUGUCCUGUAAAGCUGUGAGAGACUGGAAGUGUUACCGUAUGAUAGGAUACAACUUCUUUAUCAAAUAAAAUCACUUCAUUAUUGA